UUAUAAACAUCACAUUCACCUCGUCGCAGUGGGCAAAACCCUGCUAUAAACGCCGGAAUACUUAGACUGAUAUUCACUGCUCCACACAGUACCAGUCGAUGACAAAUUGUCAUCAAUAAAAUUUAUGCACUUUUAAAUCUAAUUUGUGUUGAGGAUAAAAGUUUCCAAAAACGACAUGAACUGAUUCUUGCACAGUACAAAUCAGAAUAGUAUGAUUGCAUGCAUGUUUUGUGUGUAGCUGCUAUCGGGCGCAAGAAAACCCGGAACUAAUAAGAGAAGUUGAAGUUUCCUCAGCAAACGGCGAACUGCGGUAGCAGUUGGCUCGAGAUCAUGUCAGUGAGGUUAAAGGUUAUUAAAUAUAAGACAAGAAAGUUCCCAGGAUGUCGGACGGGUUUCUGAUGGAAGUGUGUGUGGAUUCGGUUGAAUCUGCCAUUAACGCAGAGAGGGGAGGUGCAGGUCGUCUUGAACUUUGUUCCAGUCUGCUGGAGGGAGGAAUCACCCCCAGCAUCGGCCUUUUGCGAGUGGUGAAGCAGUUUGUUCACAUCCCUGUCUACUCUAUGAUCCGGCCCCGUGGGGGCGACUUCCUGUACUCAGACCGAGAGGUGGAGGUGAUGAAGGUGGACAUUGAACUGAUGAAGAGCCAAGGGGCAGAUGGCUUGGUGCUCGGUGCACUGACAGAGGACGGACGCAUUGAUACAGAGCUGUGUGUGGAGCUGCUGUCGGUCUGUCGCCCGCUACCGGUCACUUUCCACAGGGCUUUUGACAUGGUCCGUGACCCUGUGGUGGCCCUGGAGACCCUCAUCUCGCUGGGCUUCGAGCGAGUGCUGACAAGCGGGUGUGACAUCUCUGCUCUUGAGGGGCUUCCCCUUAUCAAGCGGAUGGUGGAGCAGGCUAAGGGCAGAAUAGCCAUCAUGCCCGGAGGUGGUGUCAGUGAGCGGAAUCUGCAGAGGAUUCUGGAAGGUUCUGGGGCCCAGGAGUUCCACUGCUCUGCACGAUGCAACAGGGAUUCAAACAUGAAGUUCAGGAACCCCCACGUGUCCAUGGGCGCCUCGCUCUCUGCUCCAGAGUACGGUCUGAAGGUGGCCGACGUUGCUAAAGUGCGAGCUCUGAACGCCAUUGCCAAGAACACCCUGUAGGAUCCCAGCAUCCCAGAGUGUCAUCUGGGGCAGCGUAAAAUGGCGUCUUUCUUGCCAGCGUGCAAUGAUCUGGAUCGCUGUACGCCUGAGCCCUGUGCAAACGCGGUGUUUCAAGAGUCUGGGCAGACUACAAACAACCAUCGCAAUCAGCAUUACUGUGUUUACCUGAUGACCACACUUUGGUGGAUGUCAACGUUGGUUAAAAAUCAUGGCGUUCCUGCUGAAUUUAAUCCCGACGACUGAAGUGAUUGACUGCCAGAGGCUGUGACUUAAUGUGAUCGUUGCAUUUUAGACUGUAGAGGCCCACUAACCUGUUUAGGAAACGCUUGGGGGGUCAUUUCAGACCCUACGCUUCCAGAAACAGGGGGCUUGAUGCUCAGAGCCCUGUCAUUGCACCAUGCUUGAUCAGGUGAGCUCCUGUGGACGGCCCAUAUGCCGUUUCCGGUUUGUUUUCAGUGAUCAUGUCACACUCUGCCUGUUCGAGAAGUGCAAGGUCCUAGUUGUCUUUUUACAGCUUUUCAUCUGUCAUCCUCCACAGUGUGUUCAGUCUCCUUCCGGUUCAUAUUUUGCCAUUUGCUGAAAAUGGUACCACUUUGUUUUCCUGAGAUUUUUUUUUGUCAUCUUGAUUUGUAGACCAUUAAAAAAUGUAGACUGUGACUUCUGAGGUGUGGUAUUCAAUUUCAUGGUGUUAUUGAAGCAGAACCUGUUGCCAUUAUCUGAUGAUUUUAAUAUACUUUUAAUGCAGGAUUUGCAGAUUUGACAAAGACUGAAUUAUGCUUCUCCAUACAUUUUUGCUGCUGCUUUCUCUGCUUGGCUCUUUCUGGAUCUUUUGUGCUUCUGUGGCAUUGUCCUGGUGGAUGGGUCUAUUUUGUUUAUGUCAUCCUCUUUAUUCCCCUCAUCCUGCUCCUCCUUCCCUCUGCCUUUCGUUCCUGACAGGAGCUUAUGGUGCCCAUCAUCUUAUUAGUGUGCAGUGCCCUCCGUUCACGUUCCCAAUAUCUACCAUGAUGUAUGUAGAAAUGUGAUGUUAUCGGGCUGGUAGCAAUUAUUAACCAGAUACGCAGCCACUAGGUAGAGGGUGAGGCACAUAAGGCUGGACUUUGGGACUCUGGAUGACAGAAUAAAGCUUCCUCUACCAUGUGGGUGUCAUCCAUGCUGCACACAUUUUGGUGCUUGUUAUAUGGCUUCCAUUGGUCAAACUCAAUAAAGCUUUUGCUCCUC